UGAAAUAAACUGAGCUUUCCAGCCCUUUAUAAUGAAAUUCGGCUCCGCUCUAGUGUAAAUAAAAAACGAAAUAAAAAUAAAAAUAGCAUUGAAGCAAAUGGAGCAAAUUCUUUGGCUAUUGCUGGUUAUUUUUCUGUUGCAAAGCAAUGCCACGCCAUUAGAAAGUGAAGCUGCCAAGUCCGUUAAGAAGGAACUGGCACAUGAUGUGGCAGUGCAACAAAAGCAGCAGCAGCAGCAGCAGCAGCAGCAACAACAAACAGGAGAGCCCAAUCAACAGCCGGCUGCAGCAACAAAGACAGCUACGACUGAAGAUGUGGUUGUUAUCUCGGAACGUUCACAACCAAAACUGCCCGUAGAAGAUGUACAGAUUGAGCAUUCGAAAUUAAACAAUAACGCAGGCUUGCCGGAAACAUAUACAAGCUUAUUUUAUAUGUUUGUGGGCAUAAGCAGCAUUGCUCUUUUGUAUUUGGUUUUACGUUUAUAUCGUUUACGUUUAUCGCGUGCUGAGCGUAAGUACGGCGUGCAAGGUGAUCGCGCCAAUCAGGAGCUCACUCCUUUGCCCAUGGCCAUCGAGGAUGUGAAUAGUGAUGACGAGGAGGAUCACACACUGUUCGAGGUGCGCCAGAGCAUACGCAUAUUAUGAGAGCAGCAAUAGCU